AGGGCCAGGGACUCUUGCCCCUUGCAUUGUUGCGCGGGGAUCCGGCUUCUGUCCCGCGCACACAAGGGGUGGGAACAUUUGGGUGAAGGCUUUGGAUUUCGGGAUGUUUAGGUGCCCCCUCACCCCCUCCCCGAGACUAGGAAGGUGGGAGAGUCCCACACCCCGGAGUGAAGCACCCCGUCUGUGAGCCGACCAGCUCUGUCUGCCCCUUCCGGGGCUGAGGAGACUCAGGGGGUGCGCUGGGAGCCAGAGUCCCUCCGUGUAGGGGUGCUCAGACCUCCUGGGCCCCUCCCCGCAUCGUCUGGGGCUGACGGUCUUGGCUCUGCCACGUGGCACAGAGGACGAGACUGCCGGAGAUGUUGGCAAAGCCCUUAACUGUGCUUGCACGGUCCCCGCAUCUGUGAAGUAGGGGUACCCCUCUAAGAUAAUAGACGAUGCAAACGUUAGGGCCAGACAAACAGUACAGUGGGGAGGGCAUUUGCCUUGCACGCAGCCUACCUGGGUUCAAUCCCGGACACCCCAUAUGGUCCCUGAGCCCACCCACAGGGAGUGAUCCCUGAGCUUAGAGCCAGGAGUAAAUCCUGACCCUUGCCAGGCAUGGCCCCUCCCCAAAACUCGACUACAUAAACAUAAAGGUGAAUUCUACUUUUAUUUUGGGGGAUCCCACCUGGGGAUGCUCAGGGAACCCUAUGUGGUGCCGGGACUCCAGCCUGGUCCCGUGGGCAAGGCCAUCAUCUUCCCGCCAUGCUCUCUCUCCGGCCCCAAAUGUGCAUUUUGAAGUCUGCUCACUAUUUUUGUGUUUGCUAUUUUGGAGGCCCACCCUGCCCUGUGCAGGGCUUUCUCCUGACUGUGGCCAGGGGUUACUCCUAGUGGGGCCUGUGGUGGGGAUCAACCCUGGGUCGGCUGAGUGCCAGGCAAGAGCCCUGCCCACCGUACUGCCACCCCAGCCCCCACACCUGGCACUUUUUGUAGUGGGCCUGAGUUACUGGGACUUGGGUCAGAUUGGAAGGACCAACUGGAGACCGUGUGUGUGUGUUGGGAGGUGGGGGAGGAUUCUCUGUUUGUUGGGUCCUGCGUGGCGCCUUAAACGUGGCAACCCGUCCCAGCUGGUGGAAACGGAGCGGGACCGUGGCAGGUGCAGGUGGGUGUGGCUGGAACCUGGCCUUUGUCUUUGGGCGUUUGCUGAACUGAGGUGGGGGGUUCGUGUGCCAGGCUGCGGGGGGCUUUGCACCGUGCAGCUGUCCCUGCCCAGCCACCCCGUACCCCAGAGACGUGACUCCACUAGAAGCUGCCGCUCAGGCUGUCCUGCCGCAUGCAGCCACGAUGGCCCCGAGUUUCCUGCUCCCUCUCGCCGUCCUGGGGCUGAGCGCCACGCAGCCGCCCUCGGUCCUGGGCAGGGGCUUCCAGGCACCGGCGCUCGGUAAGUGGAGAAUAAUGGGUGUGCUUGGGGCGCGGACUCCGGGACUCCUGGGUGACCUCUGCACCCGUCCCUCAGCCUGGCCGCCCUUCCUCGAUCACAACUCGCCCCAGGAGGCUCAGGAGACCAUCCAGAUCCCCGGCAACGGGAGCCAGCCUCUGCUCGUGGAUGCGCAUGUGUUUGUGACCAACGUCCUUAAUGUGGACAUCCUGCGCUACACCGUGUCGUCCAUGCUGCUUCUCCGGCUGUCCUGGCUGGACGCCCGCCUGGCCUGGGACGCGAGCAGAAACCCACGGCACGUGGUCUCGCUGCCCUGGGACUCGCUCUGGACCCCAGGACUCACCAUCCAGGAGGCGCUCUGGGUGGACUGGCAGGACCAGAGCCCCCGGGUCCGAGUGGACAGCCACGGCCACGUUGAGCUCUACCUGGCCCUGACCGUGGAGACCAACUGUGACCUGGAGCUGCUGCACUUCCCCCGGGACCAUAGCAACUGCACCCUCGGCUUCUUCGCAUUCAGCAACUCAGCGGCAGAGCUGGCGUUCCAGGCCCACGCCGUGAACCAGAUCGUGAGCGUGAAGCGGGAGUACGUGGUCCAGGACGUGAUGGCUCAUAUCCCCCCCAGGCAGCUGGUGCCCUGCUUCCAGGUGACGCUGCGCCUCCAGAACACGGCGGUCAAGGGCGUCCUGGCGCUGCUGGUCCCCGGGGAGGCGCUGCUGCUGGCCGACGUGUGUGGGGGGCUGCUGCCCCUGGGGGCCGCCGAGCGCAUCGCCUACAAGGUCACCCUGCUGCUGGGCUACCUGGUCUUCCACUCGUCCCUGGUGCAGGCGCUGCCCAGCUCCUCCUCCUGCAACCCGCUGCUGCUGUACUACUUCUUGGUGCUGCUGCUCCUGCUCUUCCUCAGCACUGCAGAGACCGUCCUGCUCGCCGGGCUGCUGGCGCGGAGCCGCGGCCCCGGCCCCGGCCCGGCAGAGAAGCCAGCGCCACCGCGGCCGGAAGGUGGGCACGGCCAUCCGGGGACAGUCCCGGGAAACGUCCCCUCCUCUCUCCCCUCAGGGGCUCCCCGGAGGAGCCGGCUGGAGGCCGUGGACCACAUCUUCUUCCUGGUGUACGUGGUGGGCGUCGUGGGCAGCCAGCUGGUCUUCGUGGGCAUCUGGGCCUGGACCACGUGCAGGUCUCACCCCGCCCCUGGCCUGGCCGCACCCCACGGUGGGCAGCCCCGGAUGUGACCUGGCCGGGCUGGACGGCGCCCGGGAGAGCAUGUCCGUCCGCAGGCACGUGAAUAAACCCGCUCCGAGCAAGCCCCUGGCUGGCAGGCCCGUCUCCGCGAGCUCAGCUGCCCACUCCCGAGCGAGCAGGGGACC